CACGAUUCUUAUUGAGGCAGCAGCAGCACCAGAUCCGCGUUCUCACCUUGCUCAUGGUGCCCUUGGAAGUUGGAUGAGGCGUGGUACUGUAUAUCACCUCAGCGUUCUGAGAGCUGAAGCUGGGGGAAUCUCUCGAGCAAGUGGGAUCUCCAUAAUCUUGAAGCGCAAGCGCAAACAAGAAUUCUCGGUAGAUUUUUUGGGCGACGUUGUGACGCAAGUCAGUAUUCUCAACUCCAGUUUAUCAUCGUCCCAGUCGGAUCGCCUUGCGGCCAAGCGUGCUGUUGAUGUUCUCUUUGCAGUCGGACAUAAUGAGGCAAUUCUGAAUAGUAUGGUGGAUUGCGGAGCUGUUCCUGCUUUGUUAAAAUAUCUGGAAGCACCUGAACCAGUUAGAGAAGGUGAUGGUGUUCCCAAGCCUUACGAGCAUGAGGUGGAAAAGGGGUGUCUAUUGGUCCUUGAGAGUCUUGCUUUUAAACCGGAGCAUCAACAACUCAUUGUUGAUGCUGGAGCUUUGUCCUAUCUUAUGGAUUUGCUAAAGAGUUACAAGACCUGUGGCAAUUCAAGGGCUCUUACUGGCCUUAUAAGGAGAGCAGCUUAUCUCAUCGCAAGCCUUGUGCAGGAAAAUGACAGCAUUCAAACCCGUGUUAGGAUGGAAGGUGGUAUCCCUCCUCUGGUUGAAUUGCUUGAAUUUGAUAAUGUAAAGGUACAAAGGGCAGCUGCAGAGGCCUUACGUAGUCUUGCAUUUAAAAAUGAUGAGAACAAAAACCAGAUUGUCAGAUGCAAUGCACUGCCUACUCUUGUACUAAUGCUUGGAUCAGAGGAUGCUGCCAUACGUUUUGAAGCAGUUAGCUUUGUAGGUUGGCUUGUUAGAAAUCUGGUCAACUCUUCUCCACACAUAAGGAGGGAAGUUCUUCUAGCUGGUGCUCUCCGACCUAUAAUCGGAUUGCUUAGGUCUGACUGGCCGGAGAGUCAGAGAGAAGCAGCUCUUUUAAUUGGAAUAUUUGCUGGGACAGAUUCUGAUUGCAAGGCUCAUAUUGCUCAAAGAGGGGCUAUCCAGCCACUGAUUGACAUGCUUAAGUCCCCAGAUGAACAGCUUUGGAAAGCAUCAGCAUUUGCGCUUGGGAGACUGGCCCAGGACGCACACAAUCAAGCUGGUAUUGCUUAUAAUGGAGGUCUAGAGCUUCUACUCAACCUUCUUUGCUCCAAGGAUGGACCUCUCCAACGUAAUGCAGCCUUUGCUCUGUAUGGUUUUGCUGAUAAUGAGGAGAAUGUUGCGGAUAUUGUUAAGGUUGGUGGUGUUCAAAAACUACAGGAUGGAGAUUUCAUAGAUGGACCUGCCAAAGAGUAUGUAGGAAAGACAAUGAAAAGAUUAGAGGAGAAAAUGCAUGGACAAGUGCUGAAACAGCUGAUUUAUCUUAUGCGUUUUGGAGAAAAGGUUGUUCAAAGACGCGUGGCUUUAGCUCUUGCUCAUCUAUGUGCCCCGGAUGAUGGAAAAUUUAUUUUUGUUGACAACAAUGGACUCAAAUCCCUACUGGAUCUUCUAGAAUCUACAAAUAUUAAACAGAAUCGCGAGGCUUCAAUGGCACUUCACUCAUUGGCUGUGAGAACCACAUCUAUCUCUCCCUCUGAUGCUACUCCUCCAUCCUCGACUUCCCAGGUAUACUUGGGCGAGCAGUAUAUAAACAAUCCUACAUUUUCUGAUAUCAUCUUUUUAGUUGAAGGUAAAGAGUUCUAUGCUCACCGAAUUUGUCUACUUGCUUCCUCUGAUGCGUUUCGAGCAAUGCUUGAUGGUUUUUAUUGGGAAAAGGAAGCGAAAGAAAUACAGAUUCCUAACGUUAAAUGGGAUGUCUUUGAAGUGAUGAUGAGAUUUAUUUACACGAGAAAUGUAGAUGUCAACUUGGAUAUUGCUCAAGAUCUCCUAAGAGUCUAUGAUCAGUAUCUUCUGGAUGGUCUCAAGCGAUCUUGUGAGUGUGCACUUGCUCAGGAUAUUUCGGUGGAAAAUGUCUCUCUUAUCUACGAGUUAUCGGAGUCGUUUAAUGCUAUGGCAUUGAGGCAUGCAUGUAUAUUCUUUUUGUUGGCUCAAUAUGACAAACUGAGCGCCGAACCAUGGUAUAGGUACCUCAUCUGUCGCAUUGUCCCAGAUAUACGUGAAUUAUUCGGAAGUUUACUCACGAAGCCUACUAGCGGAAUAUUGGAUAAGAGUCCUAGUUGAAGUAGAGUCCUAAUUUUGCAGGCUGUGCAUGGAUUUGUGAAUCAUCGUUAAUGUGCCGUUAGUACCGAUGU